AGCCUCUGAUGUUUCACUUCCUGCUGCGAUGCAGAGUUCAGUCUGAGAAGAAGAAGAAGAAGAAGAAGAAGAGGAGGUUUAUGUGGAGGAUCCUCUCCUCUGUGACACCAAGAUGAAGCUGCUUCAGUUCCUCUUCAUCCUCCAGCUGAGCUCGCUCUCUCCAGCUCCUCUUGAUGCUUCCGCUCCAGAUGCUGGGGUCCAAGCGGCACCUGAAGACCUGGACGACGACCCUUACGUUCAUCACCUGGGCAGCACAUGCAGGUGGACUCUCAGGAUGCCUGGAAACAGGAGUGGGGAGGCGGUUCCACUCCAAGCGGACUAUUUAGACACUCUGGCUGAGUGGAUCUGCCAGGACCUGAAAUGUGGAGGAGUUCAUAUUAUGAAGGAAAUCGUUGCGCCUGACGACAGCAAGUGCUUCCAGGACUGUAGGUACCAGGACCGCCGUCUACAGAACUGCUUAGAGACGUUUACGGCAGGAUGCAACGUUACCACAGAAGUGGUUUGUGGUCAUCAGUCCGUUCGGCUGAAGGGAGGUGAUGGCCAGUGUGCCGGGCGGGUGGAGGUGUGGAAGGACAUGGUGUGGGGCACGGUGUGUGACGACAGAUGGGACCUGAAAGAAGCCAAGGUGGUUUGCGCCCAGCUGGGCUGUGGGACCGCUCUCAGGGUGACGGGUCAGAACGGGUUGUUCCCUCCAGGGAGCGGACCGAUUCACCUGGACGAGCUGAACUGCACCGGGAACGAGCAGAACCUGUGGUUCUGUCCGGGUGUCCAGGAAAACUCCGACUGCGGACACAAAGAGGACGCUGGUGUGGUGUGUUCAGAAUCUAAGAUGUUGGUUAGAGCAACUACACCAGCUCCAGCUCCUCCAUCAGCAGCCGUGUAUUCUCCAGAACAUAUCGCCAUCAUAUUGCUGUCCAUUCUAGUGUUUGUCUUUACCAUCCUCAACAUGUUUCUCUGCUGCUAUUACUUCAAAUGGCACAGUGAACGAGAGAAGAAGAGAGCCGACGCUGCUGUGAAGAACCAGGUGACUGAGAAUGUGUAGAAUCCUGAAGACGGACCAAAGCUGGAAGAAGCACGGACUCCAACGUCCUGAUAAUUUAUUUUAGAAAACAAGUAAUAAACGGAAUGUAUAUAAUAAACGCUGUAAAAAAUGUUGCAUUAUCA